AUGAAGAAUCCAAAAAUAUUCUACUCAGAUCCCUACGAAACCAAGGAUUACGUCUAUCGACACGUAAUAAUUCCCAAAUCUACGAUCAAAUCGCUUCCGGAAAAGCUGUUAGAUGAAAGCGAGUGGCGUGCGCUUGGUCUUGAGAUGAGUGUGGGAUGGGAGCAUUACAUGAUACAUAAGCCUGAGAGGCAUGUAUUGCUGUUUAGAAAGAGGAAAUGUUAAUAAAAUUGGUA